AUAUCGGGUGAGCUCUCAUUGCGGAGAAAUCGUGGUGGAAGAAUACGACACUUACCUGACUUUUCAACCUCAUUGUACCAGUAAUCGAAGAUCAAGAAAAGAGUGGCAUUCUGUCGUGGCGACAUUUCAGGAAAACGUCGUUGAUAAUUAGCAGUAGAGCUGCAGCCCAGACGCAUUAACGUCACACACAAUCAAGAAGCGGCGACACCGAUGACAAUGCUAGGCUCAGAACAACGGCAGUAAAAGAUGGUGGACAAAGAAAAACUGAGAAUAACGAAGGCGAAGGCCCCACCACCACCGCUGAAUCUCAGCGAGGCGAUCGAGGAUGAAGUGCUGAACCAAAAGACUGCUAGAAUUCUUAAGAAUGAUCUUCUUCUACACGAGGCUGUGAUAAAGAACGAAGCGGACGCUGUUCGUAAAGUACUUAAGGAGACUGUCGACGUAGAUUCCAGAAAUAACUAUGGUCGCGCUCCGAUUCAUUGGGCAACAUCUAGAGGAAACACAGAAAUUAUUGAAAUGUUAAUACAAGCCAAGUGCGAUAUUGAAGCGAGAGAUAAGUAUGGAAUGCGACCCUUGCAUAUGGCCGCCCAACAUGGACACCGAGACGCAGUAAAGAUGCUGAUCAAUGCUGGAGCAAACGUAUCCGCGGUUAACAAGAAACAACACACCCUUUUAAUGUGCGGCGCUCGUGGUAGCAACGUCGCCGUAGUGGAAUACCUCGCGGAAGCAGUGGAAUCGUUAAACGGUGAGGCAACUGACUCCACCGGGGCGACUGCUCUUCAUCAUGCAGCCAUCACCGGACAUCCGGCGGUAAUCACAGCGCUUGCAAACAUCCCGCGGAUCGUACUGGACACCACGGACAAGAAAGGACAAACAUCGCUGCACUGUGCCUGCGCCAAAGAGCACUUGGACGCGGUUGAGGUCCUUAUAGGAUUAGGGGCGAAUGUAGAUGCUCAGGAUAACGAUGGCAAUACUCCACUUCACGUAGCUACUAGAACGAGGCACACAGGAAUCGCGCAAUUAUUAUUAAAGGCUGGAGCGAACACCGAGCUAAUUGACGCGGAGGGUUUUACUCCCCUUCAUGUCGCCGCAAGUCAAGGAUGCAAAGGAAUACUCGACUCCAUGAUUCAGCACGGAGCAGAUCUUAACAAGCAGUGUAAGAACGGUAACACACCUUUACACCUGGCCUGCCAAAACAACGAAGUAGAAACGGUAGAGAUAUUAAUUAACAAAGGUGUCGACCUCAAUUGUUUGAAUCUGAGACUUCAAUCGUCCAUACAUAUCGCGGCUGAGAUGGGACAUACAGAUAUUUGCGAAUUACUUCUUGCGGCAGGCGCGAAUAUCGAGCAAAAAGAACAGAGCGGCCGUACACCACUUUACAUUGCGGCGAGGGGCAGUUUCACAGCCAUCGUCGACAUGAUCAUUAAGACCGCUAGAUUAGAUUAUCCGACCCCGGAAAUUUCAAAUUCUGACAAGGAGGUUCGAGAGUUGACUCCGGCACGAAGAUGGUGGAGAGAAGGAUCGCGUGGUGGCAGCAUCUCCAGCAAUAAUGAUCGUCUCUCGAAGCAAAUCCGAUCCGUUCUUUGGAAAUUGGCCUACAAACAACUUGCUCCUGAAGAUUGGAAGAAAUUAGCUUUUCACUGGGCCUUCACUUCUGAUCAGAUCAGAGCUAUCGAACAUCAGUAUACGGCUCCAAUUAUAGGUCCCGCGAGUUUCAAAGAGCACGGAUAUCGAAUGUUAAUGAUUUGGGCCUCCGGAUUAAAUCCAGACGUACCACUGAUAAAAGAGCUCUGUGAAGCAUUAUCAGCGGUGGACAAGCAAGCAGUUGCUGAUUCCAUUCGUAAACAAAUGGAGCAAGAUGAUAAUAAGAUAAAAUCGGAAGGACAACGAUGUCAUAAAUGCUCCAUUGCGUGAAUAUCUACAAGUGCCAAGUUCACACGCAAAUUCUACAUACAUAUGAGAAUGUAAUUUGAAUGAAAACUGUAAUUUGCGACGUAAAACGUAAUAGCUGUUGUCAAAAACUUACCUGCAUUUUAAUGAGAAGAGUUCGACAUGGCAAAUGCCAUUAACGAAGAAUUUACGAGAAAGAUAAAAAAUACAUACGAUGUUGUAUAAAUACCUUUUGUACCAACAAUUCGCAAUGUUACACAAAUUCUUAGGACACGAAUUAUGAGUACAAUUUAUGGCGCAGGUAUAGCUAUCACUAUUUUGAAAGAACAAGAAUUUCUUAUAAAAUCAGUAAUUGGACCAGACGGAUUGCAUAAUCGUAUCUUAUUGUAUUGUAGAAAAAUUGAUUGAAGAUUGUAAGUACUUACAGUAGCUUCUCAUUCACUCUCUAUAAAAUAAAAAUUCUAUGGACCCGCUAUCAUCGCUGGGUUAAAUGAUAUUAUUUGCACAAUGCGACAACAGGGAGGAAGGUAUUUGAAUUAUAUACAAAUAUGUGCAAAAAACGGAUACUUAAAACAGAGUAUUUGAACAAUUAUAUACGAAACCAAGCCGUCCUAAGCUAAUCUUAAUUUAAGCAGACUAUCAUAAUUUCGUUUUGAUGAUUCUUUUAUAGAGAAACGCCUCUAUUAUUUGUAGAAACAAAAGUACAGUUAGUAUACAGAAGCCAUCGAAAAAGUGGUACAAUUAUAAAAUCAAAGUAACAAUCGAACGUAGACUCUUCGGAAUAAUAUUAAUAACGCAUAGAUUAAGUGUGAGAGUAAAUUUUGCAGGGCUUUCGAUGUGAUAACAGUUUAUUAGAUUAGAUCUC